GCGAACUGUCAUAACAAAGUGAAAUAACCUCAAAAAAUGUAUUUCGCGAAAAAUUCAAACAUUUUAUGCAAUAAAUACAGAAAACUUGUAUUAAAAUGGAGUUACACAAGUUGUGUACGUUGCAAAAGCACGGCCGCACCAAAGACGAAGGCAUAUUCUCAUACCAUUCUUUCUCCGAAGACAGAUUUUCCUACUCGUUCAAGUAACGCGAUAAAAGAGAAUAUUCAGAAGACUGCUCAGUUUGCUGAUCUGUAUAACUGGCAAAGGCAACACCUCAAAGGGCCUGAGUUCGUACUUCAUGAUGGUCCUCCGUAUGCUAAUGGCGAUUUACAUAUGGGACAUGCUGUGAAUAAGAUAAUCAAAGACAUAAACAACAGAAGCCAAGUGCUGCAAGGCAACAGAGUGCACUACAUGCCCGGCUGGGACUGCCACGGUCUACCCAUAGAGCUCAAAGCUCUACAGAAGGCAAAGAAAUCAUCUUCAAACAGCCAAAUCUCGGACCCGGUACAUAUAAGACAAAUAGCAAGAACAUUUGCUCUAGAAACUGUGGAGAAACAAAAGGAUGCGUUUAGAAAAUGGGGUGUCAUGGCCGACUGGGACGAACAAUGCUAUUUGACACUAAAUAAAGGAUAUGUACAGAAUCAGCUGCGACAGUUCCAUAAGAUGUAUAAGUCUGGGUUAAUUUUUAGGGCAUUAAAACCUGUUUAUUGGUCGCCUUCUUCUAAAACAGCUUUAGCUGAAGCAGAGUUAGAAUACGAUCCUCAGUUCAAGAGUAAGGAAGUGUAUGUGAGGUUCCCACUGGAAAAUGUACCAAGUGUAAUGAAAGAUGCAGCUAAAGGCAAGAACAUAUCAGCCAUAAUCUGGACGACCACACCUUGGACUCUAGUGGCAAACCGCGCGAUCUGCUACAACCCUCAGAUGAAGUACAGCAUCGUGUCCAUAAGUGGAAGACCAGACCUGUUCCUAGUGGCCAGCGGUCUGGUUCAGCAGUUACAGGAGGUUCUGAAGGUGGAAAUUAAUGUGGUUGCUGAGUUUGAUGGCAAACAUCUUCAAGGCACCACCUACCGCAACAAGCUAGUGAACCAAUCGUUGCCAUUCUUAGAGGGAGACCACGUGACCGACGUGAAAGGGACGGGGCUAGUGCACACUGCGCCGGCGCACGGACCUGAAGACUUCCUUGUUGCUUUGAAGAAUAAUAUGACUGUGGAAUGCAACGUAGACGAGUCAGGUCGUUACACCAACCUGGACCAAGAUCUGAACGGUCUACCAGUUCUAUCUGAAGGCCAGGAGCUGGUGAUUACCAGGCUCGGUGAUGACGUGAUGCAUAGAGACGUUUUUGUCCACUCGUAUCCCCUGGACUGGAGGACCAAGAAGCCGGUCAUCAUCAGAGCCAGCCAGCAGUGGUUUAUUGAUACUGCCGCGUUGAAGGAUAAAGCUUUGUCAGCUCUAGAGAAAGUAGAGAUCCUCCCGCCGUCCAGCAGCGACCAAUAUCGGCAGGGGUUCCGAGCACAGCUGGAGAAGAGACCGUACUGGUGCAUCUCCCGACAGAGGGCGUGGGGCGUGCCUAUACCCGCGCUGUAUAGUCGGGAUAGUGUCCUCGUGGAUGAACGCAUCAUAGACAAGCUGUGCUCUAUGAUAGAGUCGCGCGGCGCUGACGUAUGGUGGACUUGUGACGUCACGGAUUUACUGCCUGAUGACGUCAUCAAAGAACAUAAGUUGGAUGUCAAAGAUGUCAAUAAGGGCAAGGACAUAAUGGACAUAUGGCUGGACUCCGGUCUAUCAUGGAGUACGCUCCACGGUCGCACCGCCCGACUGUACUCGGAGGGAGUGGACCAACUGACUGGAUGGUUCCAGGCCUCUCUGCUUACCUCGCUAGCGUUGACUGGGGAGGCGCCUUAUAAAUCAAUAUUCGUCCACGGCUUUGUAGUAGACGACAAGAAACGUAAGAUGUCCAAGUCUAUAGGCAACGUGAUAGAUCCCAUAACGAUCAUACAAGGCGGGAAGGGAUCUAACCAACCGGCUUAUGGCAUUGAUACUCUUAGAUGGUGGGUAGCAAGCCAUUCAACACAGCACUCCCAAAUAGUAGUCAGUAAGAAACUCCUAGACGAUUGCCAAGCAGAAUUAAUAAGAAUAAGAAACAUCAUGAAAUACCUUCUUGGCGUAAUAACCGACGUAGAAAAAACCGAUUUCACAAAAACCCCAACCCUCAACUAUUUCGAUAGCUAUAUGGUCAAAGAAUCAGAUACAUUUGUGAACCAAAUAAAUGAUCAUUAUAAUAAUUUUAGAUAUAACCAUGUAGCACAAACUAUUCUUCAUUUUAUCAGUAAUAAAGUUUCUGCUCUAUACUGCCAUUGCAUAAAAGAUAGGUUAUAUUGCUCCCAAAAGAAUUCAAACGAACGCCUCUCAGCCCAAUUAGUUGUACACACGAUUCUAGUCUCUCUAUGCAAAGCUUUAGGGCCUAUUUUGCCGCAUCUCAUAGAAGAAGUCUGGCAAUAUCAUCCAUUGUACACAAAACCUUUUUAUUUCACACAAGACUUGUCAAUUUUACCGCCAAAUAACAUUGAUACGUCAUUAAUGGACGCCAUUUUAGAUUUGAAGAGGGAAAUUUGUGUUUUAGCGAAGAAUGAGAAUUUGAAGAAGUUUGAAGCUAAUAUAGUAUUAAAUUCAGAUAUUUAUGAUAAGUUAAAUGUUUUAAAUAAAUCUGAUGGUGUAAACGAUAGUGUUUUGUGUGAGAUUUUGGAACUGUCAUCUGUCACUUUGACAGUUAAGAAUGGCGGGAGUAGUUCGCUUGUUGAGUUGGCACAGAGUAGUAAAGGGCAAUGCUUGAGGUGUAGAAAAUAUAAUGUGUUAGAUAAUAAUAGUGAUAAAUGUGUUAGAUGUGAUCAUGUUUUGAGUAAAAUGUAAUUAAAUAUAUGUGUAAAUAUAGUAUUUAUUUAAUUGGAACUUAGAUUAUAAUUAUUGAUAGUGUUAUUUAUUCUGUAUUGUAUAUGAGAUGACGAAUUUUACUUUGUCGUCACAACGCGAUCCAUCACAAUAGUUUUGUAAAUAAUUAAAGGGUCAGUUUCUAAAACGGGCGUAUUCGCGUGAUCACUUUAGUGCUUUUCUGAUACUUAUAGAUAUUUUUAAUGGUAAUUAUUUAUCUCAUUAAAAAUAAUGAUGCCCAAUUCUUUAUAUAUAUAAUUCUUCUGUAAGUGUGUAUGUCACUGAACUUCUCUUAAACGACUGGACCGAUUUUGAUGAAAUUUUUUGUGUGUGUUCAAGGGGAUCUGAGAAUGGUUUAGAUUCACAAUUUCAAACGACUGGACCGAUUUUGAUGAAAUUUUUUGUGUUUUGAAUAAUAAUUUUCAUCAAAAUGGUCCAGAAUGUUUAACUUAUAAAAAAAGUUUAAAAUUUUCAAAUUAAAGACGUGUAGACAGGACAACGUCUGUCGGGUCCGCUAGUAAGUAGUAUAUUUUUGCUAUUUUCACUGAGAUACAUAAUUAAUUAAUAUCUAUAUCUGAAAAGUGCCAGAAUGAUCACACGAGUAUGCUGAGUAUGUAGAAUAUUUUAAGAUACAAUCUAUUUUAAGAACAUAUGGUUAUGUUAUUAUAUAAGGUUAUGGAUUUACCAUAAUUGUGUAGAGUAGAUAAAACAUUUGUCGCAUUUAUUGAUUGUUAUAGUUGAAUGCUGUUGUUAAAUAUAAAUAAAUUAUUAUAACAA